UUUCACUUGAUAAAUUUAAAGGUUCACUUCACAUUAUACUUAAUACAUUUACUUUCCUUCCGUGCAAAUCUCAAAUUUCUUGCAAAUAUUAUAAAAUAUUCAUAUUUUCACAAUACGAAACGAACUUUGACUUCGGUUCAGGUUCAUCAAGUUCUAGUGAUGAAAUACGUGAUUGGAUGUUGAUGGAUUUAAUUCAGGAAAACCAACAUAUACAAGAGGUGGAGGAUGCAAUAAGAGAAGUGCUUACCUCUACUGUUCAACAACCCACAACUGAGAGUUCACGACCAAGGUCGAGGGACUAUGUGCCAAGAGAUCGCGAAGGGGCUCACAAAUGCUUGAUGGAGGGUUACUUUAGUAACACGCCACUCUACAAUGAUGAAAAAUUUCGGCAAAGGUUUCACAUGCGGAAGCCAGUUUUUAUGCGCAUUGUGAAUACCCUACCCGAAGUUGACGAUUAUUUUAAGCAAAAACCGGAUGCCACUGGGAAACUAGGUGCUUCAAACUUGCAAAAGUGCACCGCGGCAAUAAGAAUGUUAGCAUACGGCACAUCAGCUGGCCAUGUUGAUAAGUACCUCAAGUUUGGCGCAAGUACGGAGAAAGACGUGGUUUUCCUAGCAUGCUUGGGAGCAUUGAUUGCAUGCAUUGGCAAUGGAAAAACUGUCGAGCAGGGUGGAGAGACAUGUAUCAAGGAAGAUAGAGAGGCAAUUGUAAUCUUAGAAGUCGUUGCUUCUUGGGAUACAUGGAUCUGGCAUGCAUUUUUUGGGACACCUGGGUCAAAUAAUGAUAUCAAUGUCUUGCAGCGAUCAUCGGUAUUCGAUGACUUACUAAUUGGACGAGCUCCAAAAGUUCAAUACAUUGUAAAUGGAAAAACGUACACUAUAAGUUACUAUCUAACAGAUGGUAUCUAUCUAAAAUGGGCAGGUUUCAUUGAUGCCAUAACUGCUCCCCAGACUGCUAAACAAAAGUUAUUUACUAAGAAACAAGAAAGUGCUAGGAAGGAUGUGGAGCGUGCAUUUGGAGUACUUCAAGCUCGAUUUGCAAUAAUAAGAAAUCCUGCUUUGGCAUGGCACCUUGAAGUAUUAUGGAAAAUUAUGAUGGCAUGUAUUAUAAUGCAUAACAUGAUUGUAGAAGAUGAACAACAUAUGUAUCGAAAUUAUCAAGAUCCAUGUAGUGAUUUUGCUAAAGAACAACCCGAGACACUAGCUAGUUCAUCAAGUGAAAACGCUAAUUCGUGGGCCUAUCCUUGUUAGUCGUGAAAGAUACGAGUAUGUGGAGCGAGAUUUAAGCAGAUUUAUGGAAAAAAGGGAAGAGCUUCACAACAAACAAAUGCAUAUGUCAUUGAAGAAAGAUUUGGUUGAACAUGUUUGGAGAAAGUUUCAAGGACCGAAUUUGAAUUAAACAUUGUAUGUAAAAAAAGGAGAUCAGUAUUGUUAUCAUUAUUGUUUAUGUUUGAUGUUAAUUUAAAUUUAAUGUCUCUUUCUCUUAUUUAAUGUAGUUUUCAAUUUCAUGUCGAUUAUUGGUUA